AGAACAUCCAUCAUGGGCAAAAAGAAACGUCAUCAAGUAUUCGUUCUCAAACCUUGGUGCUGGUAUUGUGAACGUGAAUUCGAAGAUGAUAAAGUACUUUUACAACAUCAAAAAUCGAAACAUUUCAAAUGUCAAUUAUGUCCAAGGAAGUUGAAUACCGCUGGAGGUUUGAUGGUCCAUUCUCAGCAGGUACAUAAAUGUGAUCCUGAACCCCUCACAAACACUCUCCCCGGUCGCGAUGGUUUCGACGUCGAGAUCUUUGGUAUGGAAGGUGUUCCUUCGAACGCUCAAGCCGAAUGGAAAGCACGAAAAGAAGCAGAAGCAGGAGCUGCCGCAUUGGUAGCUGCAUCAACUGCUCAACGACCGAGACAUUCAUAUACCGUCAUACCCGAAGCUGAUCUCAUGAUCGCUUUGGCUCAACAUAAAGCUUUGAUGGCGACGCGGAAUAAACCUGUUAAAUCGAUAUCCACACCAAUGACACAACCUCCAAUGGUCACAGCACCCAAUGGUGCUCCUAUACCUUUUCCCAUGGCAUUGCCAGGAAUGCCACCACCCACUUUACCAGUCGGUAUGCCUGGGUUCCCUCCACCUCCAGGAUUCAUUCCCCCUUUUCCUAUGGUCGUCCCUCCUUAUCCUGGUAUACCUGGUGCAGGACCCGUACCCACACCACCAGGUGCCGGUACUGGAGUUUCUCCGAUUCCUGGUCCAUUACGAUUCACCAUUGAUCAAGCUGGUACUGGAAACUUUACGCCGAUCCCAGGUCAUACGCAACCUUAUCCACAGACCAUCACACCUAUGCAACCAGGUGCUCAGACACCGAUGCCAGCCGCAGCAUCCGCUACGCCUGCCCCUGCACCAAGUAUCGCAGUCAAUGAAAUACCGACUAUACAGCCACCAAAAGAUGGGGUCAUGUGGCCCGAUGCAACUGCUUCUCCUGCGGAGAAAAGAGCUCAGCAGUCAAGAUACAGAUAUACCUCACCCACGCCGGAUGGAGGGGAGGCUGCUAUGGCGGGAAGGAAGAGAAAGGCAGCGGCUGACUUUCUUCAAUGGCCAUUGGCCACCGGGCCAUACCAGCUCAUCCUUGACCAUGUCGGACGAGGUCUUUGCUCCCAACAGGGGAUUCACCCUAUAAGUUUACCUCUUCAUCCACGUCGUGAAGCUGCUGACCAAACACGAUUCAUCAAAAGGUUGUUCUCGAUAUUGACUUUGCUGGUGUCCUUCGGGUACGUCUCACCUCCGUCUCGUCUCUUCAACAUAUUGUUGAUCCAUCAGGGUACAGCUUAUCUCACUGUCAAACCUACCAGUCCCUCUCUUCGUACUAUAUACCUCAACGCGUCUCCUCUUCUGGAGAUCUCAUCCGUCCUAUUAUCCUCCCCAACAGACAAGGACCCCCUCUUACCCACUCCAGCAACAUACGCAUUUUGCAAUCCCUUUCAACCUCUCCCUAAUCGUGAUCCUCCAGUAGAAAUCUCUUCACAUCCAGAGAUCAAACGUCGAACAUGGGCUGCUACCGGUGAAGGUGAUGAGGGCGAGCUUGCCAUAUCGGUCUCUGGCGGAUGGGUACGGAUCGUUCAAGUUGGAGAUCACUCGGAUCUGGGUGUGAUACAAAUUCAGAUUGAUUACAGCUUAACAUUAGGAGGAAAAGUAGUGGAAGGUAUCGUAUUUGAACGUGAUGAGAUUCCUCACAUGUUUCUUUCUCCUACUACAUAUGACGCAGCCAGAGUGUGGACACCAUGUGUGGAUAAUUUGUGGGAAAGGUCGACUUGGGAAUUCGAAUUCAUUGUACCUUCUUUUCUUGAAGGUGGUGAAGACUCUCCUGUGAUGGUCGUCAGCAGUGGAGAACUUCAAGAACAAGUUACACAUCCUCAUAAUCCUCACAAAACCAUCUUUCACUAUUUACAAACUAAUAUCUGUUCAGUCCAACAAAUCUCUUUCGCUGCAGGUCCAUUUGAAUUAGUCACCAUAGUUCCUGGACAACGACCGGUAUUGGGAUUUUGUCUUCCGGGGGAUAUGGAACUCAUGCUCAACACUACGUCCUUCCUACCUCGUGCCAUGGAGUAUUACACUACCGAAUUCGGUACAUAUCCUCUGUCAGAUUUCAAGAUAGUCUUCGUCACCGGUCCCAGGAUACAAUGCUCAACUGCAGCUACCAUCGCCGUCAUCUCUAGCGAUCUCCUACAUCCCUUUUCCGUCAUCGAUGAAGCUGUAACAGCUCGAGAAACUCUCUCCCUCUCAUUGAUUCAACAAUGGGUAGGUAUAAACAUCAUCCCGAAAACCGUAGCGGACACUUGGCUCAUUAAUGGUCUAGCUCUGUAUCUCCGAGGUUUAUUUCUCCGCCAUCUAUUGGGAAACAACGAAUAUCGUUAUCGGUUAAAGAAAGACAUCGACAAAUGUGCCCGACUAGACCAAGGAGACCACAUGCCAUUGUGUGUUCCGGGAACUUUGGACCUGCACGACUUGGAGUUUGUCAACUUGAAAGCCCCACUGGUACUCCAUAUCCUCGAUCGGAAUCUUGUGAAAGCAGGCACUUCUGUCGGACUUACACGCGUAGUACCCAGAAUUUUCCUCACUGCCUUCUCAGACGACCUCCCGGGGAAUAUGCUCUCUACUUCACUGUUCUUCCGCACUUGUCGAAAAGUUUCGAGUAUCGAUCUCACCGCUUUUCAAGAUUUGUGGGUGUACGGCUCAGGUUGUCCCAAUUUCAAACUCCAGGCGAAUUUCAUCCGAAAGAAAUUUUUAAUCGAAUUGUCUGUGCAACAAAGUCAACCAGCUGUCAAACCCAGCAAGAUCGAUAAACGACCCACGAAGAUGUUCGAGGGCACUCUAGCCGUUCGUAUUCACGAGGCCGACGGAGCGCCAUUCGAACACUUGUUAGAUAUAAAGGUCCCUUCGAAGCAAUUCAGUCUACCGUUCAAUACGAAAUACAAACGUACACGAAGAUCGGGACAUAUAGCAGCUAGGUAUAGCAAAUUACGAGAAGACUUAGCUGCAGCUGAGACGGACGCAGACAAGGAUGAAGCUGCUAAAUUACGAGACGCGGAUAGGGCCGAGGUCUUCGCUUACCCUCCGUGGGACGACGACGCUGAACGUGAGCGAUGGAGAGUUGCGGAAUGGACAGAUGACGAAGUGGAGGCUAUGAUGGGGGAAGGUGGAGGAUACGAGUGGAUCCGGUUCGAUCCGGAGUGUGAAUGGAUAGCUACGUUCGACUUUGCGGAGAAACCUUGGUAUUGGAUCUCCCAACUUCAAGGUGACAGGGAUGUGAUUGCGCAAGUUGAGGCAAUACAGAAUCUGACGAUGUAUCCAUCGCCCGUCGUUGCCAGUGAAUUGGCGAGGACGAUAUUGGUCAAAAAUUAUUUCUAUCGUGUCAGGAUGGAAGCUGCCAAAGCUUUAACAGUCUACAACACUUCUGAAUGUGACUACAUUGGUCAUUUCCUUCUCGUGAAGCUAUAUCGUGCUUUGUUUUGUCUUCCGGGGGAUGAUGAUGCACCCAUCAGACCUAAGAGGAAUGAUUUUUCCGAUGUGGCCGAUUAUCUCAGUCUCGUUUCCUCCCUUGCUGAUUUGCGGGAUCCUGCUACUCGUAAUACUCGGCGGGAUGUCCGCCGAUUACUUCUCGAUUUGAUCAGAUAUAAUGAUAAUACAGGUAAUUUGUUCGACGAUUCUACUAUGCGAGCGACCUACAUUACGGCUUUGGGUAAUGCCUUCAGCCUCCCUGCAUGGAAUGCGGAGGAAGUUGAUCGGGUCAUGUUUGACGAAGCGAACGAAGCUGUCGAUCGGGCUAUCACGAUGGAUCGUCUUGCUCCUAGUUUCCAUAAUUCCGUGACGAUUGCUGGACUACUGGCACAAAUGAAAAUGAUCCUUGGUGGAAAACGCACCAACGAUCCUCGAAAUUUCCUCAGCUACACGCGGGAGGGCAAUUUUGAACCGGUUCGCUUGACGGCCUUCGAUUGUCUUUUGCUCUGUCGUCGUCCCGGUCGAAGCAGUGCCACUGAUACCUAUCUCGCUGAAGUCAUAAAAUCCGAUUCCUCCCUCACAGUCCGUCGUCAUGUUGCCCGUGGACUUUCAGAGUCGAUCUUGAUGGCUCUGGCGGUGAAUGAAAUCAAGGCGAAUGUUCCCGCGGGAGUACAAGAGAUGAACAAUGAGAGUGCUCGUGAGCAAAGUGCAGAGAAGAUGUUUAAACCCUUUGUCGAUGCUGUAAGGGAUGAAUAUGAAACGCGUGAAGACGUGAAGCAUCGACUGAAAGACCUUCUCAUUGACGAUUUUGCUGGACUCGAUCAAGAUGUCAGAUUAGCAUUAAUCAAGAUGUGUGAAAUCAUAGGCAAGAGUGUCAAAGAAAGACCACCUGGACCAACUAUAACUUUAAGCACACCGGUUGUCGAAACUCCAGCUAUUGUUACUCCCCGAAUUAGACUGAGUAUAGGAGGUCCUGACGUCAAAACAGAAGAUUACGGAUUUCCAGCUAGCAAACCGACAAUUACCCUUCCUCUACAACAAAACAAGAAAAAAGGAAAAGUUCUCAAAUCUCAAUCUCAAGGUUUACCAGAGACCGAUCUCAAAGCCAUCGAAAAUGCUUUACAAAAGCUCAAUGCACAUCGAUCAUCGUAUCUUUUCCGACAACCUGUCGAUCCUAUACGAGAAAAUGUCCCUACGUACUUGGAUAUCAUUCGUAAACCCAUGGACUUGUCGACCAUCAGGGCAAGGUUAGAUAAUGGAAUGUAUACCAAAAGAACGGAUUUUGUAGAGGACGUCAAGUUGAUCAUUUCGAAUUGUUAUACUUUCAAUGGGAAGGCCAGUCCUGUGGGUAAGGUUUGUCAAGACUUUGAAGCUCACUUUAAUAAAUUAUGGUCAAGGACAGAAGCUACACUCAGCUCUGCAUCUGCAGGCAGUACUCCUUCCAUUACUCCUCUAGCUCCCCCUCUUAUCAUCCAACCCUAUGCACCAUCGGUCAAAUCUGAACACCCAAAGGCGGAAGGUAUCAAACUCACCGUCAAACCACCUCGACCUCCUCAAUCUCAUCCGCCUGUCCUCCCGAUGGCACCUCCCCCUGUCCCAGUCAAGAAACGUACUUCCGAACAUCUCGCUGUCAAAUUCCAAACGCCACCCGGUCGACCACCGAAAGAAUCGAAACCUCGAAAACCUGUCGGGUCUACAGAGAUCGAUGAUCUUCUUGGUCAAGAAGUGGAUGCUAUGGAACAACGACCUUCCAUACAUCCAAGUCCUACCAUAUCAUUUGUCAAACCUACCACAACUAUGAAACCUCCCCCCAUCAUCACACUCAAACCUUCCCUUAAUACAUCAUCAUCAUCUUCUUCUUCUUCCGAUGAACCUAAGAUGAAGAAAGCUAAGAUUACCACCAAAUCAUCCCCAGAGAAGACCCCUCAAACUCAUACUACCCUCCAUACUCCUCCAUUAUCUUCUCCUAUCAUACCUAAAGCGCCUAAACAGAAGCCCGUUCCGCCCCUACCACCACCUCCGCCGCCUGCUGUGGAUGUCCCUGGUGCCCUUCUACCGAUAGCGACGAGGCAGAAACCUCCUUCAAAUCUGCCACAAACGGUGGGCAACCCAAUGCCUUUCAGGUUGAAAAGAGCAAAAGCAUUGCUCGCUGCGCUGAAAAAACCUCAAGAAGCGCUCAUCUUCGCCAGACCGGUCAAUCCGAUCGCGGAUGGAUGUCCGACGUAUUUGGACGAGAUCAAGGAGCCUAUGGAUCUGGGAACGAUUACGAAGAAGAUGGAUGGAAGACAAUAUACCACUAUGGGGGCUUUGGCGUAUGAUAUUGAGCUGGUGUUUAAUAACUGCUGGCAAUUCAAUCCUCCUGGCCCUAUCACCGUCUGCGCAGACACCCUCGAACGUGUUUAUUGGCAAGAAUGGUCCCGCGUCGUCAACCCGAAAAUGACUGCAGACGAGAGGAAAGCAAUGUCAGCAUUGUUGGCUAAAAGUAUGAAAGAACAAUUAAGCUUGUUCUUCCGUGAGCCAGUCGAUCCUGUGGCUCUACAAAUUCCCAAUUAUUUCGAAAUUAUACCACCGGAAGACGCACGAGAUCUAAGCACGAUCAAGUCGAAUGUCGAGAAAGGUAAAUAUGCAACGGCGAGAGAUGUAGACGAAGAUGUGGAGCUCAUGUUGGAAAAUGCCAGAGUUUUCAAUGGGGAUGGUAUAGUGGUGGAACAGGCGAAUGCUUUUGGUAGAUGGUGGAGAGCUCAGAGGAAUAAGUCGGACCUUUGAUCUGUGCUACGCUACGUUUUGCUCGUCUGUCAACCACGAUGUUAAUACUUUACCCUUG